GUUGUGCAGGCGAACGGGACAGUAGCAGUAGCAGCAGCAGCAGCAGCAGCAGCAGCAGCAGCAGCAUACGAGCGAAAGAUAGGAAUCGGUCGGGUGCAAAAGAGGAGUGUGAAAGCGUAGGAAUUUUCAGAACACUGACCAUUUUCCUCCCGAAACGGUGGUGUAGUUUUCUUUCUUCGACCCGUUAACGUGCGCGUCCCAGAGGUGGUGGAUUCGUUCGAGGUUUGUGUGUUGCUUCCCGUGUUCCACAGCACAAACACGAUACGAAGGCUGAAAACGCAUUUGGUUCUGCACCCCCCCCUUCAAACCCUCAUCGAAGGGAGUAGCAGUGAUGCGAAAAGAUUUCUGGUGAUAUGAUGAUGAGCAGCAGUUUCGCUGGUGGUGAAAACGCAUUGGAAAAUCUUCCGGUUUUUGCACCGUUGAAACAUACAACAGUCAGCGAGCGGUUUCUGUAGACGGAAAAGCUUCCCGAAAAUCGGGCUACUGCAGCAAAAUUGUCUUCCUGAUUGUGUGUGCGUGUGUUUUUUUUCCUCUCUUCUGUGUGUGCGCUACGAGCAGGUGACAGCUACACAGCCAAAAGAGGGAAGACACCAGCUUCGAUAGGCUGGCCAUCGUGUGAUAUGCAUCGUGUGUGUCAGUGGCCUAAAGAAUUGCAUUCUUGCUUUCUACGAUAGAAGCUUAGCAAGGUGGAACCGUGCAUUUCACCGUCAAUACUACCUUCAAUUUGCGGUGCUCGUUUGCGUGUUAGUGAGGUCCCCCGCCUGGUGGAUAAUACCAUUUUCUAUGGCUUUUUGUUCCAUUCGCAACGGAAGCAAUUUGCGUGUGGAAAAACAGCAUCAUUAGUAGGCCUCGGAAAAGUUCUCCCUGUUUUGUGACACACACACACACGGACACACAGUCUAGUGUGAAAAACGUUGCCUAGUGUGCGAGUGUGUAUGUGCGCUAGUGGUUUCGUAGAGCAAAAGAAAGAAAAUCCCACUCGGUCUCGCAUUCAUUAGACCCAGCAGCGAGCAUCGGAACAUCAUCGAAGCAGUCCGUGCACUUUUGUUGGGUGCCAGAACAGAACGUAAAAAACACACAUCUCUCUGUACAACGACGAUUAGUGCACACACAGAACGUGAAAAGUGUCUCCUCGCGCGCGUGUGGCAUGGUUCGAUUUUCCUGCUAGUGUGUAUAUUUUUCCGUUCCUCCCAUAUCCUGCUUACUUAUAUUGUGUGGUCCUAUUGUUAGGGAGGCGGAUAGUGGUGGUGUUGUGUGCCGUUUGUUAUCAGUGUACCCCCGUUGAAACAGGCGCACACACACACUGACAGUGGCAACGUCACAAUCUGGGAAGGCCUAUUUAAUUUGCGAGAGCGGCUUGUCCCAUCCUCGUUGUGUUGUGUGUAGUGCAGCAGCAGCAGCAGCAGCAGCAAUCAGCGCAACAUCGUCGUCAUCUCGCGUCGUUCGUCCUGUGUCCUGUGUCCUCCUCGCACUAGGAGAAGGACAAGUAGCUGGUACGAAACAGUGUGUGCGUGUGGAAUAGCAGAAAUAAAUAACAUCAUCUGAAUAAGUGAACCAACCAGACUAGCACGGCGGUAGUAGCUGUGUGAAGCCCGUGGACAGCGUGCGGCUGCUAACACAACGAGGAGAAAAUGUACAGUAAAAUGAAUGGAUAUCCUUCGUCAUCCUUUCGAUCAAGCAGUGGCCGGCUUUGGGGAAUGUCGCACUCGCUGCCCUCCGGAAUGUCAAACUACCUGCAGGAUGCCGACUUUUCGUCCUACUCCCGGCCCCGGCUGUACGGCGAUAUGCCGUCGAGCAGUACGUUCGGCGGUGGGAAUCCUUCGACACCGCACCACCAUCACCAUCACCAUCACCACAACCACAGCCAACCAUCGUCCCAUCAUCACACGGCCUCGUCCAGCACCAGCUCGCUGACCGGCAUGAACUUUGGGCCGGGCGGGCCGUCGUCCGGUGGUGGCGGCGGCGGCAAUGCCGGCACGAACCUGAUCGUCAACUAUCUGCCGCAGGACAUGACGGAGCGGGAGAUGUACUCGAUGUUCUCCUCGAUAGGACCGCUCGAGAGCUGUCGACUGAUGCGAGAUCUAAAGCAGACUGGGUACAGCUACGGCUUCGGUUUCGUCAACUACCUGAACGAGGACGCGGCCCAGCGGGCGAUCAAGUGUCUGAACGGUUAUCCGCUGCGCAACAAGCGGCUAAAGGUGUCGUACGCGCGGCCCCAAAGCGACGACAUCAAGGAGACGAACCUGUACAUUACGAACCUGCCGCGCACGAUCACCGAGGAGCAGCUGGACAUCAUUUUCGGCAAGUACGGUACCAUCGUGCAGAAGAACAUCCUGCGCGAUAAGCUGACCGGUCAGCCCCGUGGGGUGGCUUUCGUACGUUUCAAUAAGCGCGAGGAAGCGCAGGAAGCAAUAUCGGCCCUCAACAAUGUGAUCCCGCAGGGCGGCAAUCAACCAUUGAUAGUGCGGGUCGCGGAAGACCAUGGGCGAGCAAAGGCGGCCCUCUACGUACCCUCGUACAACUCUAUCGUGCACAACAAUAGAGCCAUGCUUCCCCGUCAGAACUCGAUGAAGUAUAGUGAUCGAUCGAGUGGGCUGCUCCGGUCGCACCACUCGUUAAUAUUUUACUAACUUUCCUUGUUCGACAAGAUGAAAUCGGGAGCAUCUCCGGGUCAGAUCGAAGGGCCUUGGUUUGUGUUGAUGUGCUUAAACACCCCUCUGUGUGCUUUGCUUGCAACAUCGAAAACCGUUGAGUUCGUGAACGGUCGCGCAGUCUGUCGUCCAACAAUGGACGAUCUAAACGUGUAAUGAUGGUUGUAAAACUUCAAUUUUAGCCUAAGUGACAUAAAAUAGGACGUACGCAGCUACAAAGAGCAACACUGGUUAUACGUCACACCUGCAGCAGUAACUCGAUUGUUCAGUAAGUAGUUUGGAAAAGCGAUAGUUGUGAUGAGAUUGACCCGACACGUUGUGGAAUUGCUGCUGUAUCGAGCGUGUAAAUGAGACAGAUUUUAUAUAUACACACAACCCUGUUGUGUUCAGCGAAUCGCAACUACUUAGCACGAUCAUCAGAUCGCAUCAGGCAUAAUGAAUCUUCCUAUAUUUGGCUAAACUAAGGCAACUUGGGGUCGCAUGAAGCUGCUGUCAGCAACACUUUAUCCACUGGUUUUUUGGCUCCCAUCUGUAAGCAGCACAACUCGACGACCACACAGCGCUAGUUUUAGGUUAGUACGAGUGAGUGUGGUUGUUUCUGUAAGAAGAGAUCUCACUGGAAUUUAAAAAAAAAUCCUCAUAAAACGCUAUAGCGAACGCCGCAUAAUAAGACUUUUUUUUCUGAUUGAAGUAAAGCAAGCAAAAACGUUCAAAAACUUACUGCAAAACAAAUAGGAACAAAAAAUCUCUAGCCACACUUACGAAUGAAAACAGGGUUCUACUGUAAAGCUCACUAGAGUAUCAUGACGGGAGGACGUAGCGUGUAACGUGAUAGUAGCCGCCCUCAACUGCUUAGACAGCUCUUUCACUAAGCUCGCAGUUUUAAAAUUCCUAACACCGUUCCGUGGUUUUGUUUUUCUUGGCCCGUACAACACUCGACUGACAGCCUUCAAGAAUUGUUUCUUUGUCGAGUACAUAAUAGAAGAAACGCUAGCUGCUGCCAUUUGUCACUUUUGCUAGUUAAAAAAUCCAAAACUCCUCAGACUGGGAGAUUAGCUGUACAGUAAAAAAAGGACUUCGUCUCCAUAAAAGUAUACAAGGGUGUUCGGGAUAAAUUUCAUAUUCUUCGCGUAGGAUACCCAAAAUAUUCGUCAUUUUAAAGUUUGGAUGGAUGGCAUAGAAUGGCUUGCAUCACAAUGAUUCGCCUUCAAAAUACGGUUCGGGAUGACUGCUACCCAAUGCCCUCUGAAUACAGCAGUAAAAAUAAUGAGGCGUGAAGCCUAGACUGUAUCAGGACAAUUACGUGAGGAAUGUCCAGACUCCACUUCUCCAAACAGUGAUGACUUUUGGAUAUGUAUCCUCUGAAGGCGAUUUAAUGCUUCCGCAUUUUUGAAGAGGUUGUCCUAUAUAUGGCUGGCCCUAUAUAUUACUGCAGGAUUCAGUCCCUUGCCACUUACUUAUUUACUUACUUGCCAGGUGCUAUUGUAACAAUCCUCGAUACACGGUCUAGCACCGUCAUCUUCUUCUUCUUCUUCUGUGGCACUACAACCUCGAGAGGUCUCGGCCUGCCAUUUCUGGCUUUCUGUGAAGACCGGCGCCGCUGUCGCCUCGGCCACCGGACAGCACCGUCAUCUACCAAUCCCUUAUCCCGGCCAUUCUGGCGGAUGCAUCAACGCCGUCACUUCAUCUCAAUUUGGGCCUACCAUACCUUCUUUGUCCGUGAGGACAGCCUUAAAGUAAUUCACGGGCUGGGUAGUUUAGUGCCAUUCUCAUGACAUGACCAUCCCACUGGAGCCUGGCGAGUCUAAUUCGUUGUUCGAUGGUGACGGCUCCUCCGUUGAUCUUCCACAUAUACGGGGAGAGUCUAUAUCUCGGAGGCGUUUGUUAGUACUGGGACUAUAAAUUCUAUAGCUAGUCCCAGUCCAGCUUCGUCCAUCGCGACAGGUAUUUUGAGUGGAGACGUUUCCUCACGCUGUAGUAUGAUCGUUAUCCCGGUCAUUGAAAACGCCUAGCUAUCAAUUUAAAGAGUUUCUGAAGUCCUUUCCAAGGACUCUAUAGCAUCAGCUUGUUCGUGGUUCGAAAGCAGAAUUAAAACUCUGAUCGAAUCGAUCAAUCGGUGGAUAUUGUGAGUGAAUCUUAUCGAUAUAAUUAUGAUUUACUUUGCCUGUAUUUUAUUCGCCUAAUUAAUUUAAUUAAUUUACGAAACUGUUAAAUUUAUCCCGAACUCCCCUGUACAUUUCCAAGAGGUGAAAGCCGCGUCGAGCCUAACUAACACAUAAAAAUCACGAUCGACACGGUAGGAGUUGGCCAGUUGGAAUUCGAAAUUUGUAGUGUAAACUCGAAGGUAUUUGACAACCAGCAAAACAAAAGGAAACCCCGGGAAUUGCGAGGAGAUGUAGAUUUUACAUAAAUUACUUUCCUAUUUGACGCUUUAAUUUACUAAAAGAGACUUUGAAUGAUGCUUCCUCCCAAAAGCAUUACCCCAAAGCUCCGGAAACACAUACACACACGAUAGCAAGCAGAUCAAACUAUUGAACUCAUUCUAGCAAUAAAACCAAGCAAAAACCAAAACCGUGUGAUACACAAUGGACGUGAAAUUAUAGUAAUAUAGCAAAAAAAGAAGAAAAAAAAAACAGAAAUUGUAGAAAAACGUUCGUAAAGGAGAAUUAAAAAAAAAGACGUCUAUACGAAUAGAGAAAAUUAAAAAAGGAAAAAAAGAAUAGUGCAACAGACAGACAAGUACACAGUAGCGCUCCUUUAUUCGGCGACAUUCGUCCGUUUUUUGGUAUUUUCGUCCCAAAACUCUGCCAUUUGCGGUGCCAGUUGCGCCAAUUGAUAAUCCUCUUCUCUCUCUAUCUCUCUCUCGCUCUCUCUCUCGAUCUCGCUCUCCAUACCUCAUUAAGCAAGUUAAAAACACUAAAAACUGGAAAACGGGCAGCAUUCCGAGCACACUGCUGCUGCUACUAACUUUAAUAUAACAGACAAAGAAAAAAUCAAACUCUUCCUCCACAAAACAUUACACAAAACCCUGCAGUUGUAGAGCCAAAAGAUUUCAAUCAAAAACCAUGUUCUUACACACACACACGGGGGAGAGAUACAUCCGAUUUUGUCCGGCUUUAGCAUUAGCAGUUUGAUCUUCCAUAUUAGUGAUUAAAGCGAUGAUUAUAAUUGCGCAUUGCUAAUUUUAACUACAAGCAACCAAAAGCACGUGAACGGGGUGAGCUUCUCCCCUGAGAAGUCGGAGAAGGGAGAUUCGCUAUUUGUUCCUUGGCGUUAUUAAUUUUUGGGCAUGCAAAACUUCGACUAGUGGCCGCGCCAUACCUUAGUGAAACGAACGAACUAAACAUACGCGAAUAGCUAACGAAAAAUCUGCUAUUAUACGGAGAGUAGUUGAGUGAGUAAGAGAGGAACAAAAAAGCUUGUAAGGACAGAGUACGCGACUAGAAGGACGAAAAAAGAAGGACGAAAAGUUUAAGUAAAACAACAGGAAAAAAAACAAACAAAAACGAAAACGAAUACAGUUUACAUGUUAUGGCACAAGAGCAACUAAGUAGUAGUACGAGAUAGCUUGAAAAGACGAAAGAAAAAAGAAAAACAUUUACGUGUCUUAUAUAUUGAACCAAUGGCAUAUAUACAUAUAAAUAUAUAUAUAUAUACAAACAAAACAAAAAAACAUAUAUACAUUCUGUUUGUUCUCCUAUUCCUACGAAAACUAAUGUUAAAACCGGAACAAAACAAAUAAUAAUGAUGAGUAAAGAAAAAUAAGGAAGAAGACAGGCAGGGCAGACGUAGCAGAUAAGAAAGUAGGAUUGAGCAAUAGAGAUUCUCUCUGUAACCGGGUAGAGUGGAAUUGUUAGUUGCGUGUGCGUGUUGAAUUGUGUGUGUGCGUUGUGUAUAUACAGGUUACAGUGAUUCGAAGGGGGAAUUUUCCGGGCACUCGACUAUGAGGACGAUUCUGUUAGCUUUUUGGACUGGGUGAUACAUGAUUCUGUUGGAAAAAAAACCUCUUCAAAAAAUCGGUCACCAAGUGGGAAAUUUGGACAAUUGUUCUUCAAAAUGAUCUUCAACGAUAUCUCAAGACUCUGCGUUAUACCGCAACUAGGAGAGAACUAGGAAUAUGUACUAGGAGAUAAUGCUGAACUUCCUCGGUAGGACCGGGGUUCAAAUCCCAACCAUGACCGAGCCUCCCUGUACGAAGAACUGAGCUACGUGUAAAAUCAAGUCACAGAAAGAAAAAAAGGGGGGCAGGUCACGAGACCCUUCAGAGGUUUAAAAUAUCCAAGGAAGAAGAGAUAAUGCUGACCACAUGCCGUGAUUACUACUACGAAUCACUGUUCACGUCGGCCAUCAAUUGAACGCCAUGUUUGAAAAUUAAUAGAGGCACCACUUCUCGAACGAUGCGGACAUAUAGGUCCAAGAAAAUAAGGUCCAUUUAAGAAAAACUGUAAUUGACGUAGCGUGCGUCUAGACUUGACGAAGUACGUGGGUUCACUCUAUUUAAUGGAGCUUUUCAAUCAUUUAGGGGAGUGUUGCAAAGAAACGAGUGAAUCGCGCAUACAGGGCGAGAAGAUUCGCGAUCAUGGAACUUUGCAACCCUUUGAUGGAAAACCUCUCGCUUUGGCAAAGUAAAGUGGCUAUCCCGGAGAAUUUGCGUAUUAUUGGAACUAAUGUAAUUAAUAAGUAACCGUAUCCAGGGCUACACUCCUCCACCAUCGGCUGUAUCCUAUCUCCGAUCGAUCUCUGGUCUGAUUCCACUUGAUCCAGCCAAUGAGCUCGCUGUACUCCUCUACGCCUCAUGGCGAACUGGUGGCUGGCAAGUUAUCUUCCAGGUACGGCGUGAGUCUAAGUCUAAUAAGGACGUGUGCCAUCUAUUUUACCCGACUCAUGUAGUACCUUGAGCCAAAAUCUUGAGGUUACCUUAAAGCUUUGUGUUGUGCUUGUACCAUAGUCCAGAUCCAGAGGUUAUUCGGUUGCUGUUCAAAAGAGCAGACAAUAUUUUCCCAAUCUUGAGACUUCAAUGUUUUAGGCCAUGUUUGAUAAGUAAUAGUGGCCACCACUCUUUGUAACAAGCCAAACAGGAUCAUGAUUGUUCGUCCCUAAGCCAAGAUAAUCGUCCUCAAAGACCAAAUUUCCGUUCGAGUCAUCAUUUAGUACAUAAAAUGAAUUAUUUCUGUUUUCCGUAAUUCAGUUCACCCGUGGCAAAUAAUUCAAACUGUGUUCAACGUGUGAAGCUUUCUUCCUAGCAGUACUAGCUGUUUUCCUCCUCCUCCUCAUCAAAUGCAGUGUGGUGGAUUUGUUGAAGUAAGAGCGUGUGUACAGGAGGAAAAAAAUCAAAUUAAUUUGUCAAUUAUUCAAAAUAGUUGAGCGUGCAAAUAGAGCGUGUAUGCAAUUAUGAUAGCUGCAAGAUGGAGAAAGUAAGCAAGCAAAGCCCGUAUUUAUUGUAUUUAUAAUACUACUUAUUUUAGAGAAGGACCUAAGAGCUACCGCUCAGACACAACUAUAGUGUCAAAGGCAAAGGACAAGAAAACAAGGGGGACAAGGUUGAAAAUUUGCUUCCUUUUUGCAUUAGAGAAGCUCGGUUAACUCUGUCAAUAGUCGAGCCCGCAGUUCCGGACUAAUAAUCCUGAGUGGCGCCAGAUAAGGCAUUCAAACGACCUUCCCCAAUGAAUUCGCGUGUGUGGUCCGCCUGUGUGUGCGAGUGUGCGUGUGAUAUAACUGUGUGCGUUUGAAUUGUUUUAUUGCUCUCGAAUAAAAAGUAGAACCAAGCAAAUAAUGUGAAAACAUUACAAAAAAAAAA